AUGGCUCCCCCUCGUCGACGUCAUAUCGGCGCAAGCCGCAGGAAGAGAAGGGAAGAUGAGGGCGAAGAAGAGGGCUCGACCGCCGGAGAUCUGGAAGAUGACUCCUUGAGCGAAGGCUCUGCGGAAAGCCAUCAAGAUGAUGAGGAUGCCGAUGUAGAAGGUAGCGAGGACGAACAAGAGACACAGAGCGCCAAGGAAGCGGGCAAGCCGAAUCGCCGAAAGAUUAAUGGCCGUGGGCUACGAGCAGAACAGAAACGACGCAGCUCGACAUCCCCCAAUAAACCUGGACUGAAAACGACAGUAUCGGAUACGGAAGCUAUGUUGAACGGCCUCAAGAUCACCGACGAGGGCGAAGAGGUUGAGUUUGAUCAACUCAAGGAAGAACGAGAGCUUCAGACCGGCCGAACACCGUCGGCCCCUCCCACUGAGCCAAAGCGGGAAACUCUGGCUGCGAAGAAACGCCGGGAGCACGAUAAAUACAUGAAAGAGCGUGACCAGAACCCGGCUUUUGUACCCACGCGAGGCCGCUUCUUUCUCCACGAUAAUCGGACAACGGAGGCAGGGACAAAUGGUCAUCGCCCCUCUACCAAGGGCAAAUCAUCUCGCCCUGUUGGUCUAAUUGUCGAUGGAAAUUCCCGCAGGAACUCUACGAAGACCGAUGCUAGUGAAGGGAACCGCCCCCCCUCAGCAGUACCGAAUCCCCCUUCGAAUGUUCCCACUGCCCCUCGCUCCUCCCCGCCAAACCGAUCUUUUUCCAGCACUACUCUCAUUGGUAAUGUGCCGGUUGUGGUGUUCUUGCCGGGCAUGAGCCAGGCGAAACCCUUUGCCGCAGUGCCAAAGAAACAGCAUACGCGACUUCCCCAACAUCGCCCUCCUCUACGGCGUGAUAAGCCCGUGCGAAUCUCACUUCCUGGCCAAUCCCCUCGUUAUAUUUUCCCGUCUACUGAGCGUUCCUUCAUCUUCAUUCCCCGCGCAUUACGUCCUAACCAACAAGGCUAUCGAGGCCGCGGCCGUGGUGGCUUUUACCCCGGACGUCGACCAAGUUAUUACCCAGGCUCAUAUACACCCAGCGUUGCCAGCCGGCGGUCUUCAUUCGGCAUGGGUUCCCAGGAUGGAUUCCCAUCGCCGGCAGGCUCAGUCUAUUCGCGCCCGUCGAUGGCUCAUCCUGAUAUGGGCAAACCUGUUGUUCGUCUGCCGCCUCCACCACGCCCUCCAGUCGGUAUUCCUCCAGUUGGACCUGGUAUGGGUAUGCCUGGACAAAUGGGCAUGCCAACGAUGCUCCCUCCGUAUCCACCCUACCGUGAAAGCCGUCCAGCUCCAAUCCCGAUGCAUCAACCGCGCCCUCAGAAGGCAGUUUCCGUGGCAGAUAUCGAAACUCCCAGCCUCCAUUUCAACCCGCCGCAGCCCCAGCAAGAGCAACCAUUCCAUCACCAAGUUCCUGUGCCCGUGGCUGGCCCUGGCCAGGAGCUAAUGCCACAUGGUCCAGCGAGUCAGCACUCGGGGACGCCACUCUCUCAGAUCCCUGAGCGGGCUGUGCACGCCGACUCUUUCCAACCCUACUCAUACCAGCAGCCCUCUGGGUACUAUCCCGGUUACCCGCCUCACCAGGGUGGUUUAUAUUAUCCUGGAUAUAAUGGACCGAUGGGACCGGGUGCUUCCGUACCGAACUUCCCUCCCGGCCAGCAACCGAUGCCAUAUGUUCUUCCACAAGCAUCGAAUGAGCAAGCCGGUCAACCCGGGACUGUGGCCCAUGAAUCCGGUGGCACGGUCUACUUCUACGAUACCAACCAGAUGUAUCAGAACCCCAACAACUACGGACCGGGAUCAGGACCUGGGGGAGUAGUUGGAAUGGGAGGCAUGAUGACGCCGCCAGGCACCACCUACUACUAUCCUCAAGGGCCGGGGGCCGGAGGCAACAUGCCAUACUAUGGGCAGCAGUGA